AUGAGAGAGGUACAUUCUACCGAGCUAAUUUCUAUUGAAGAUAUCUACAAAUUGAUCAAUAUUGAAAAAGAAUCUGAUUUGUUGGUGAUAUUACAAGAACUUGUGAACAAUAAGCUUGUAAAACUUCUUCAGAGAGGAGAUCAGAAACUACUCCAAGCAGUCACUGCUGAGGAGGGAAAAAGAGUGACACAAAUGAGUGAUGAUGAACAUAUGAUAUAUAAAUAUAUCAGUGCUAGUGGCCGUGAGGGGAUAUGGACCAAGACAAUUAAGAAUAAAAGCAAUCUUCAUCAACAUAUCGUCACCAAAUGUUUAAAGAACUUGGAGAAUAUGCGUUUUAUCAAAACUGUCAAGUCGGUGAAAUACCCAACAAGGAAAAUUUACAUGCUAUAUAAUCUCCAGCCGAGCCUUGAUGUUUCGGGAGGGCCUUGGUUUACAAACGGUGAAUUUGAUAGUAUAUUUAUAAACGAUACGACAGCAGCGAUAUGGAGUUACAUAUAUAUGAGUACUGUUCCUGGAUUUAGAAAGUAUGUUGAUAAUCCAUUGCAACCGGGUUACCCUGCAGAUUACCCUGGGGUAAGUAUAGAUCAAAUCAUGAAUUAUGGCAGGGAGCACAAUUUUUUUAGAGGUGUCGAAAUCGAGUUGAGUGAUCUUCAAAAACUAUGUAAUGUUCUUGUUUAUGACGACAAGAUUGAACAAGUUGGACAAGAUAAUGAGGGAGAAGUGUAUAAGAUCACCGGAAGUAGUCUUAACGAAUACAACUUGGGGAUUGAUACAAAGUGGUUGGGAAACGUAAUGCCCACACUGAGUGGGAAUUAUAUCAAGAUGCCCGAACCUGCAAGAGAAUACUUGGCCAAGCAUUAUCUGUUCAAUUUAUUCGAUUACAAUACUGAGAAAAUCGAUUAUGAAAAGGAGCAAGACGUGGUAUAUUUGGAUGCAUACUUGAACUCAUAA